UUCAUUCAUUUCAACCACCAAGAGCAAACAGCAUUUUCACUACUAAUUAGCCACAUUCAAUAGUUGAGACUUGAGAGUGCUAAUUAAGUUUGAAAAAUGGCUAAGUUUGGUGCAUCCUCAAUUGCCCUAGUUCUCACAUUGAACAUUCUUUUCUUCACUAUGGUUAGUUCCACUAAUGUCCCAUGCACACCACCCCCACACUCCAAACCCCACCCUACCCCUACCCCCUCUACACCAUCGUCAAAGGGAAAGUGCCCAAAAGACACACUUAAGCUAAAGGUGUGUGCCAAUUUGUUGAAUGACUUAGUGCACCUUGUUAUUGGAAGUAGCCCAGCCAAGACUGAAUGUUGCUCUCUAAUUGAAGGACUUGCUGACCUUGAUGCUGCUGUUUGCCUUUGCACUGCUCUUAAAGCCAAUGUGUUGGGAAUUCAUCUCAACGUUCCACUUUCUCUAAGCUUGUUGCUCAACAACUGUGGCAAAUAUGCACCCAAGAACUUCCAAUGCGCAUGAUAAGCCAAAUUUCCAGUUCAUCAUAUUUAGUUUCUUUCAUUAUGUUUGCAUAUUUUCAAGGAAUUAAGUAUAUUUUUUAAUUCUAGUUGGUUAGAAGGGACGCUAGCUAACUAGUUGCCUUCUUUUCGAUCGUUGUACUAUCCAAUUCAUGAAAUAAAUGUUAUCUUUGGAAGUUUA